AUGACUUGGUUUUUUUCUUCAACUCAUCAACAUCAGUCCAACAACUCACAACUCAAUCCUACUUCGCAAGAACAACAGUCUUCUUCAUCCCGUAAUCAUGUUCGUCAAAAGGAUAAAAUCAUGGCAGCUUGUGCUGGUGGAGUACUCACUAGUCUCACAAUGACGCCUUUGGAUGUUAUUAAAACUCGACUUCAAACUCAACUACCAAAUUCAUCUUCAUCUUCGAAUUUUGCUUCCAGUCAUCCUUCAACCCCUCAAUGUAUCAACUCUAGUCUUCUUUCUACAAGAAGAUCAACAACUGCUUAUCUUCAAACCUCUCAAAACUGUUGUAAACAAGCACAAACUCAUCUAAACUCAUUAUCCAACGAAACAAUCUUACGACGAUUUGAUCCUAGAGCACUAAAACAUUCGUGUGCUUCUCUCUCUCUUUCACUCAAUGGUUCAUCAUCUACCAAUCUUUCUGGUCUUUUCAAAUCUUCUGCUUCUUCUUCUUCGUGGAUCCAAUCAACUUCUUCAUCAAACCCACUAAUUCAAUCUUUUCGCCUACCUCCUCAUCCUUCAACAGUACCUGCUUCAGGUAUAAUUGAUUCGAUUUUCAAAAUCGUACAACAUGAAGGAGUUGGAACACUUUGGAGAGGCAUCGGUCCUACACUUGUGAUGGCUAUACCUGCUCAAGCUGUUUAUAUGGUUGGAUAUGAUACUCUUCGAUCUAACCUUCUUGAGCUUGGUCCUAGAUAUUCUUUAGAAGAUAGAUUAGGACCUCCAAAUGGAUGGUAUCGGACUACGAUUGCUCCUUUGCUAGCCGGUGUCUUAUCACGUUCAUUGGUGGCUGUUUUGUUUUGUCCUUUGGAAUUACUUCGAACUCGACUUCAAUCUGCGCCUCCUCGGAUCAGUCCUUUAACUCAAUUUAAUCGUAAUCAAAGCCUUUCUGAACUUAAAUUGAAACCUUCGAAAUCGAUUUUGAAAUCCACUUUGAGUUCAGUUCAACACUCGGGAAUCACCAGUUUAUAUAGAGGUUUAUCAGCUACUCUAUGGCGAGAUGUACCGUUUAGUGGGAUAUAUUGGUCGACGUAUGAGAUGUGUCGUAAGAUGAUCAGUGAUGGAAACGGAUUUGGAGAAUCGAUUCCAGGAUCUGAAAGUUUUAGCGUCAGUAGGAUCGCCAGUGAAAGUUUUUUGGCCGGUUCGAUUAGUGGUUGUUUUGCAGCGAUCUUGACCAAUCCGUUUGAUUUGAUUAAAACUCGACGUCAAGUGAUGGUGAUGAGUUCCUUUAAGAAUCUCGAACUUGAAAACCCUUCUAAACAUGGAACGCUUAGGAUGAUUUAUCAGAUCGCUAGACUUGAAGGUCGAAAAGGUUUGAUGAAGGGUCUUUCUCCUAGAUUGGCUAAAAUCAUUCCUAGUUGUGGAAUCAUGAUUGUAAGUCUUGAAUGGAAUUCUAAGCUUGUGGAUGAUUGA